ACAGCAGCGCAGCACAGUCCACAGAGCAGCACUGUACACUGUGCCCACCUGCGCCAGGAUGCCGGACACCAUGCUACCUGCCUGCUUCCUCAGCCUGCUGGCCUUCACCUCGGCGUGCUACUUCCAGAACUGCCCACGGGGAGGCAAGAGGGCCAUGUCCGACCUGGAGCUGAGACAGUGCCUCCCCUGCGGCCCCGGGGGCAAAGGCCGCUGCUUCGGGCCCAGCAUCUGCUGCGGGGACGAGCUGGGCUGCUUCGUGGGCACGGCCGAGGCGCUGCGCUGCCAGGAGGAGAACUACCUGCCGUCGCCCUGCCAGUCCGGCCAGAAGCCGUGCGGGAGCGGGGGCCGCUGCGCCGCCGCCGGCAUCUGCUGCAACGACGAGAGCUGCAUGACGGAGCCCGAGUGCCGGGAGGGCGCCGGCUUCCCCCGCCGCGCCCGCGCCAGCGACCGGAGCAACGCGACCCUGCUGGACGGGCCGACCGGGGCCUUGCUGCUACGGCUGGUGCAGCUGGCGGGGGCGCCCGAGCCCGCGGAGCACGCCCAGCCCGGCGUCUACUGAGCCUCCUUGCCCGCCCCACCCCACUUUCGCAGCACGAAAAAUAAAUCAUUUAAAAGGCA